UCAGAUCAUUGAGAAGCAGCCAGGCCACAUUCGGAGCAGGGUUUUCCGGGAGGUGGAGAUGCUGUACCAGUGCCAGGGACACAGGAACGUUCUAGAGCUGAUUGAGUUCUUCGAGGAGGAGGACCGCUUCUACCUGGUAUUUGAGAAGAUGCGGGGAGGCUCCAUCCUGAGCCACAUCCAUAAGCGCCGGCAUUUCAACGAGCUGGAGGCCAGCGUGGUGGUGCAGGACGUGGCCAGUGCCUUGGACUUUUUGCACAACAAAGGCAUCGCCCACAGGGACCUAAAGCCGGAAAACAUCCUCUGUGAGCACCCCAACCAGGUCUCCCCCGUGAAGAUCUGUGACUUCGACCUGGGCAGCGGCAUCAAACUCAACGGGGACUGCUCCCCCAUCUCCACCCCGGAGCUGCUCACCCCGUGCGGCUCGGCGGAGUACAUGGCCCCGGAGGUGGUGGAGGCCUUCAGCGAGGAGGCCAGCAUCUACGACAAGCGCUGCGACCUGUGGAGCCUGGGCGUCAUCCUGUACAUCCUGCUCAGCGGCUACCCACCCUUUGUGGGCCGCUGUGGCAGUGACUGUGGCUGGGACCGCGGCGAGGCCUGCCCUGCCUGCCAGAACAUGCUGUUUGAGAGCAUCCAGGAGGGCAAGUACGAGUUUCCCGACAAGGACUGGGCCCACAUCUCCUGCGCCGCCAAAGACCUCAUCUCCAAGCUGCUCGUCCGCGACGCCAAGCAGAGGCUGAGCGCCGCCCAAGUCCUGCAGCACCCCUGGGUUCAGGGGUGCGCCCCGGAGAACACCCUGCCCACUCCCAUGGUCCUGCAGAGGAACAGCUGUGCCAAAGACCUCACGUCCUUCGCAGCAGAGGCCAUUGCCAUGAACCGGCAGCUGGCCCAGCGCGACGAGGACCUGGCGGAGGAGGAGGCUGCGGGGCAGGGCCAGCCCGUCCUGGUCCGAGCUACCUCACGCUGCCUGCAGCUGUCCCCGCCCUCUGAGUCCAAGCUGGCCCAGCGGCGGCAAAGGGCCAGCCUGUCCUCGGCCCCCGUGGUGUUGGUGGGAGACCGCGCCUGACCCUCCCGUCUCCCUCUGUAUAUAGGUCGCCUGUCCCCAGAUCAAAUCGAAAGGUUUUUUAAGCUAUCUCCAGCUGGUGUCCAGCGGGCUGCCUCUCCUCCGGCUGGAUUCCCAGGCACUAAGCUCAGCUGAGGGGCCGUUUUAUAGAAGGUUUUUGCUUUUGGGUUUGUUUUUUUUUCCCCGUUUCUGCCCCCUGCCCUUUAUUUUUUCUCCUUUUGAUUGUUAAAAGCAAUGCAGUCACCCGGGGAGGUGGGCAGAGGGUUUGGGGCUGGGCUUGUCCAUUCCCCGGCCCCCUGGCCCGCUCACCUGAACUCAAGGUGUCCCAGGUCACCUGCGCCGCCCGCCACCUGCCCACGUGGCUUGCAGCGACAGGAGAGCAGCGUUGGCCAUCUUCCAGAGGUGGGGAGGGAAACGGGACCCUGCCGAGUGUCCUCCCACCUGCAGUAUUUCAGGGACAGAUCCUUCCCUUCUAUUCCUCACCCUGAGGGCACCCCUGGUGGCUUGGUCGGGAGGAGAGAGGAUGCCUGUCUCCAGAUGGGCCAGGCGGGCAGGUGGAGGGCAGUCGACCCACCCCACUCCACCGGAUACCCCAGCCCCUCACCCGCACCUGCUUCGUCCCUGUGAUAGUUGACAAUCGGGCAUCCUGCCAGGCCCAUCUGUCCAGGACCCAUGGUGGCCCAACUCAGCCUCCAACCUUGACCUUAAGCUGCAGCUGACCCCGGGGGCUCGCCGCUACCCUCCCCACUGCGCCAGGGCCUGAGACCGCAGGAGCCCCACCCGGCCCGCAGUCACUUCCACCACUGCAGGCAGAGGGGCUGGACAGGCACUGUCAGCCAACGUGGGGGUCCCGAAGACACCCCCUCUGGGCACCCGGUGCCCCUUCUCAGGGCUCAGUCUGACCGUGGCCACGUCCUGCCUCGCGCCGCUCCUCAGGCCUGGCACAGAAGCUCUGCCAGGUCCAUCCUCGCCCUUCGAUCUGGGCUCAGACCCUGGGGUCUGGCCGAAUCCCCACCCUCAGGGCAGCGUUUUAGGCCUGCCGCCUUCAGGAAAGUGGCCUCAGCCUCCCUUCAGGCACCCAGGAAUUGGGGGUGUCUGCCCCCCACCCUCCACGCUCUGACCCCUGGGGGCUGCGGGUCCUGCCACCCCUUCCCAAGGGUGGGUUCGUUCUAUGCAAUACAAGGUUCCACUUCUGAGUGCGAGGCUGUGGUGGCAGGUGGCAUCGAGGGCAGCGGCCCCCCCAACUCCACACCUGGGGCAGCCCCUCUGGCUUCUAAAUCCGCGGUCGGGAUUGUUCGUCAUGUUUAGUUGUUUCUUUUUUUUUUAAGAAAGAAAAAACAUCGGUUGACUUUGCUUCCCUGUUCUUGAAGAAUACUUGAAUGUCGGCGGGGGGGUGGCCUGUGGGGGGGCUUGCCCAGCCCCACUGCUCCUCCCAAAUCUCCUACGAUGGUCACAGUCUGGUGGCUGUGGAGGUGCUGUGCCCUCCCUGGUCCCCCCCACUGCCCGUAUCUGUGGACUGCCCCUUCCAAAGACCCCAGGGAGAUGGGGAAGGCCGCCCCCCUCCGCCAUCAUGUCCUGCCCGUCAGUGAUUCCAUAUUUUGCAAUGGGGGAUUCUCUGCCUUUUUGUAUAAAAGAAAUAGCAAACACCCCCGCCUGCUACAGGCGCCCACAGCCAUCCCAGCUCGAAAGCUGAGUGGCUAGCAGCUUUUUUUUUUCCUGAAGGUGGGACAGUCACAUCCUCUUCCAGUCCCCCUCCCCCGCCCCUGUCACGUCCACAUGUGACCUGGAGGACUUGUCAGAACCAUACUGUGAAUGAGCAGAGAUCCUGGGAUGCCCAGGCCAGCUCCCAGCGCUGGGGAAAGGAACAGCCAUGUGUCAAUGUUAACGAUGUUUUUAAAAGAAAAAAAAAAAAAAAAAACUCAAAGUUUUUUUAAAGUGGGGGAAAAACAUCCAAGCACUUUAAUUCCAUUGUACCAGGUGAACUGAUAGAACUCAGAAGUUUUCCUUUACACCAACUGUCAAUGCCGGAAUUUUCUAUUCUGUUUUGUAAGGAUUUAAUAAAAGUCAGAAAACCUGC